AUGCCUUUUAAAACAUUUGAUACCUUCAAAGAAAAAAUUCUGAAACCUGGAAAGGAAGGAGUGAAGAAUGCUGUGGGGGAUUCACUGGGGAUUUUACAAAGGAAAAUUGAUGGGACCAGUGAGGAAGAAGGUAACAUUGAGCUGAAUGAAGAAGGAAGGCCAGUGCAGACGUCCACGCAGAGCCCCCCACUCUGUGACUGCCACUGCUGUGGCCUCCCCAAGCGCUACAUCAUUGCCAUCAUGAGCGGGCUGGGAUUCUGCAUUUCCUUUGGGAUUCGGUGUAACCUUGGAGUUGCCAUUGUGGAAAUGGUCAACAACAACACUAUAUAUGUUGAUGGAAAACCGGAAAUUCAGACAGCACAAUUUAACUGGGAUCCAGAGACGGUGGGCCUUAUCCAUGGAUCUUUUUUCUGGGGUUAUAUUGUGACACAAAUUCCAGGUGGUUUCAUUUCAAAUAAGUUUGCUGCUAACAGGGUCUUUGGAGCCGCCAUCUUCUUAACAUCGACCUUGAACAUGUUCAUUCCUUCUGCAGCCAGAGUACAUUACGGAUGUGUCAUGUGUGUGAGAAUUUUGCAAGGUCUAGUGGAGGGUGUGACCUACCCAGCCUGCCAUGGGAUGUGGAGUAAGUGGGCACCGCCUUUGGAGAGAAGCCGACUGGCCACAACUUCUUUUUGUGGUUCCUAUGCGGGGGCAGUGAUUGCCAUGCCGCUGGCCGGCGUGUUGGUACAGUACAUGGGAUGGGCCUCUGUCUUUUAUAUUUAUGGUAUAUUUGGGAUUAUCUGGUACAUGUUUUGGCUGUUGCAGGCCUAUGAGUGUCCAGCAGUUCACCCAACAAUAUCCCAUGAGGAAAGGACCUAUAUAGAGACAAGUAUAGGAGAAGGAGCCAACUUGGUUAGUCUCAGUAAAUUUAAUACACCAUGGAAAAGAUUUUUUACAUCGUUGCCUGUUUACGCAAUCAUUGUGGCAAAUUUUUGCAGAAGCUGGACCUUUUACUUGCUGUUAAUAAGUCAGCCUGCUUAUUUUGAAGAGGUCUUUGGAUUUGCAAUAAGUAAGGUGGGUCUCUUGUCAGCACUCCCGCACAUGGUUAUGACAAUCAUUGUGCCUAUUGGAGGACAAUUGGCUGAUUAUUUAAGAAGCAGAAAAAUUUUGACCACAACUGCUGUCAGAAAAAUCAUGAACUGUGGAGGUUUUGGCAUGGAGGCAACCUUACUCCUUGUGGUUGGCUUUUCCCAUACCAAAGGGGUGGCUAUCUCCUUUCUGGUGCUUGCCGUAGGAUUUAGUGGUUUUGCUAUUUCAGGUUUUAAUGUCAACCACUUGGACAUUGCCCCCCGCUAUGCCAGCAUUCUCAUGGGGAUCUCAAACGGAGUGGGAACCCUCUCUGGAAUGAUCUGUCCCCUCAUUGUGGGCGCGAUGACCAAGCACAAGACCCGUGAGGAAUGGCAGAAUGUGUUCCUCAUAGCUGCCCUGGUGCACUACAGUGGCGUGAUCUUCUAUGGGGUCUUUGCUUCUGGGGAGAAACAGGAGUGGGCUGACCCUGAGAACCUUUCUGAGGAGAAGUGCGGAAUCAUUGACAGAGAUGAAUUAGCCGAGGAGACAGAACUCAACCAUGAGAAUUUCACAAGUCCCAAAAAGAAGAUGUCGUAUGGAGCCACCACCCAGAAUUGUGAAGUCCAGAGGAAGGAAUGGAGAGGAGAGGGAGGAGUGACUCUUGAUGAGGAAGAGCUGACAUCCUACCAGAAUGAAGAGGGAAACUUCUCAGAUACAUCCUAA